UCUAGUGGAAGAUCAUGAAUUCAUUUAGUCAAUAAGUGAAGGUGUGUGUGUGGUGGGUUUGUGAAUAAUUUUCUGUGAAAAAUGGCAGACAACGAACAGAAAGCGAUGCAGCUGAUGGCUGAAGCUGAAAAGAAGCUUAAUUCUUCAAAAGGAUUUUUCGGAUCGUUGUUUGGAGGCUCAUCGAAAUUAGAGGAGGCAGUUGAGUGUUAUCAAAGAGCUGCUAAUAUGUUCAAAAUGGCAAAGAAGUGGGGGCAAGCGGGAAAUGCGUUUUGUGAAGCUGCGAAUCUUCAUGCAAAGUCGGGCAGUCGGCAUGAUGCAGCCACUAACUUUGUUGAUGCUGCCAAUUGCUACAAAAAGUCGGAGCCAGAACGUGCUGUUGCAAGUCUAUUGAGGGCCAUUGAAAUUUACACUGAUAUGGGACGAUUUACAAUGGCUGCAAAACACCAUCAGUCAAUUGCAGAAUUGUAUGAAACAGAAAACGUUGACCUGGAACGUGCUGUACAACACUAUGAACAAGCUGCAGACUAUUUCAAAGGAGAAGAAAGUAACUCUUCAGCCAACAAAUGCCUCUUGAAAGUUGCUCAUUAUGCAGCACAGUUAGAAGAUUAUGAAAAAGCAAUUAAAAUAUAUGAACAGGUUGCAGCCACAUCACUCGAUAGUUCACUGCUGAAAUACAGUGCAAAAGAAUACUUUUUCCGUGCUGCACUUUGUCAUCUCUGUGUUGAUGUGCUCAAUGCACAGCAUGCUUUGGAACGUUACCAGUCUAUGUAUCCAGGCUUCCAGGAUUCUAGGGAAUAUAAACUUAUCAAGGUUUUAAUUGAUCACAUGGAGGAGCAGAAUGUUGAUGGUUUCACAGAAGCAGUUAAAGAUUAUGAUUCAAUUUCACGACUUGAUCAGUGGUACACCACUAUUCUGCUACGCAUAAAGAAACAGGUUAAUGACAACCCAGAUCUUCGCUGAGUCAGAGCUUUCUAUUUGUGUGCAUCCUUUGUACUUGAACUGUCUUUUGGCACUUCCCACAGUAAUUUUUUAGGGUGCAAACAACUUAAAUAUAGAAGAGACUAUUAAAAAGCCAGAAAGAGCUGCUGUUUUAUGGAGUUGGUAUUAACUGAACUUUAUUUACAAGUACAGUUAAGCAUGUCUUAUUUCUCCUCAUUUUUAAUGAAAUUUCAGAAUACCAAAGAAACUAUAGACAAAGGAAAUCUUUUGUUCUAAAAUAAUGGAUGGCCACUUUUUACACCAUGCAAUAAACAGACAAUAUUUUUCCGAAACACAUUUAUCUUGAUACAUGAAUUCAUGUAUGAUAAACUGUAGAGGUGUCACAAGCUUUCCAGAAGCAGCUUAAUAAAACACACACACACACACACACACACACACACAUACACACACACUACCUGCUUGUGUUUGUUAGUUUCUUGUAGGUAGUACCAUUCCUUCAUUUUUAUUCCAGUAAGGGCAGAGGUUUCUGUCAAAAGUUUACUGUAGUUAAACAGUGCAUGUGUAGUAUCUUAAUUUCAUUUUAACUAUGGUUGAUCCUUCUCCAUACCUGUAAAGCAGUAGUUUUUGUUUCUAAUAUUAAUUAUUGAUACAUUUCUGGAAAGCUUGUAGUGAAACUACACUUUGUGUACUACUAUGAUGUUGGCUUUGAGAAAGUUGUUGAAUGUUGCAGGUGAAAAUAAUAUAAAAUAUUGUCUAGUAGUGAAGUUGGUUUUUUGCACUUUUAUUGUUAAUGAAUUCAUAGAAAAAUGGCCUUGUACUAUUACUGCCACAAAGAACCAGUGAUCAACAAAUUAACACUUCACAAUCAAUAAUUUAAGUAUAAGAAAAGAAGUGUAUUCAGUACAUGUUCUGACUGAGCACUGUGCUGAAUUAAGCAAGCAUUGUCUAUUAAUGUUUUUAGUCUUUAUAAAUGUUGUAAAUUGAGCCUGCAGUGGUUAGAUUCCCAGAAUAUUAGAUCUUUUUGCAUAAUAUAUACAAGGUGGCAAAUGCUGAAGUAGACAUUGAUUGGAAAGCAUAUUGUGUAUGUUAAUUUCUUUUUGUAGUGGAGUUGUAAUACUGACAGGUAUUAUCAUUUUGUUGAUGGUCAUCACUGAUUGUUUUCUACAUGCAUUGUGACAAAUGUGUGCUCACAUACAUUUCUAAAGUUCAUUGAAAAAUCUGAUCAUGUAUUUUUUUCCUUUUUCUAAAUUAUCAUGUUGUUAUACUGUAAUAUUUUGAUAAAAUGUAUUUAUGUGGAUGUUUUAUGUGAGAUGGAGGCACAGUUACUUAUUAUUUUUUUUUUAGAUAAUUUUUAGUAAUGUGUGCAGACUGUGUUUUUGGGUUAGUGCAUCGGACAAUGUCACUUGCAGUCACCUACUUUUGGAAGCAAUAAUUAUGUAAAGUGCCCAUUCAUCAAUAGUUACUGGCUUGGGGUGCCACAGCUCUUCCUUACACUAAUGGUGGUGGUGUACUUGUGUUUUCAUAACACAAGUUUUGUUUGUGGCAUUCAAAGGUUUGAACCCAUGGCUCUCCACAGUUCACUAGUCACAUAAUUAUAUUUUGGAGUUGGAUUUUAGAGUUUGGUAUAGGAAGCUGCAGAGGUGUAUAAUUUAUAAAAUAUAAAGGAUAACUGGAUCCAAACCAAUGAGUGCAUGGGUGGGGGACAUGGUCACAGAUCACAGAAGAGGGAGGGAAAAAUUUGGGAGGCGGAACCCAGAUACACAGUUCAGGAAAAUCAGAUAAUUCUAUAGAAGCAUGAUAGUGAACACACAACAGAGUAUGUGGUAUGAUAUUUGAGGAAAGAUUUCUGAAGUAAAACGAGUGGCAGAAAUUAAUCAUUCUUUGUACUGCAACCCAGUGUCUUCCUCCUUGUUACAUCAUAUUUAUAGUUUUAGAUUUGUGUUCUCUCUCUCUCUCUCUCUCUCUCUCUCUCUCUCUCUCUCCAUUUGGGAAGAGCUUCUUGUUUUCUGCAUAUAUUCUAUUACUUGUUCAUUAUAUUUACUCUUAUUGUGAGUUGUUCCUCAAAAAUUGGAAAUUUGUAGUAAGUUCUGUGGGAGCAAACUACUGAGGCCACUGGUCCCUAGGCUUACACACUAGUUAAUCUAACUUAAACUAACUUACGCUAAGGACAACACACACACCCACCCACCCAUGCCCAAGGGAGGACUCAAACCUCCGAUGGGGCAGCCGCGCGAACUGUGGCGAGGCGCCUUAGACUGCACGGCUACCCUGCGCGGCUCGUUGUUCCUCAGCUGUAUACAAUACAGGCAGAAUAUUUCUUUGUUCCUAUGUAGUCUACAACAGUAAUCCCACUGGUUCUUUUUGAAAAUUAAGUUUAUAUUUUGUAUGUAGACAGAAGCUGUUAUGUGAUUCUUUAAAUAGCAGUUCCAUUAUAAGAAUCCAUGACUGUGAACACACAUUGUGGAAUGAGAAGGAUGUUAUUAUUAUGCACCAAAUUAGCACUGUCUGAUCAGCUGUAUACUCCUGUAUCAGUGUAAAUAGAUUUAACAAUAAUAAUAUUGUUGCCAUUUGUUUAUUGUGCCUAUUAUUCAGGAAAAGUUUGUUGACAGUGUUUAUUACUGUAAUGAGUUUCUCUUUUUUGUGCACAUAUUUGAUGCAAAGCUCUUUUAUAUUAACCACCAUUGUGGAAAUUAAUGGUUUUAUAUAAAAAAUAAUUAUGCUUGGAAAAAACUUCUUUGAAAAUAGAAGAUUCUUAAUCCUCAUAUGAUAAUUUAGUAUUAUUGAAGUCUCAUCAAGUAUCUUACAAACUGAAUGUUAUUUUAAGAUUAUAUUAUUUAGGUAUUGGUUCUUUUAAUUCAUUGUGGGGAGGUCUUUUUAUCACAUAAGUUGCACCACAUAAAGAUUUGACUAGAUGUGGAGAAUUGUCAGAAUGUGUAAUUUGUGGCAGAAGGGAAACGAUCACCAUGAUUAUUACCUUGAAUAUCUAGACCAUGUGCUUUACCUUAUAAACUUCUAGCAUUACAGAGGUAGUUAACUAUUAUUUUGACUUUAAAAUGUUGAAAAUUGCAGUGAACAUGAAUGUAGCACAGAUGUUUCUCCAAAUAAAUGUGACCAUUGAGUUUCGGAAAAACAGUUACAGCGUUUUGGAGGAGUACUAAAUAACUUCCCCUAACCUCCCCCCAUGCACACGCAAUUUGGGCUACUGACUUGUAAGAAGUGUGAAUGCACAAGUCAUGAUCCCUUUUCCAUCUCCCUUUCAGAAUCUGUAAUGGAAUUUGAAAUAUAUACUGAGCUGUUAGAAUGAUAAGACUUCAUGUCGUGAGAACAGCUUCCAAAGUAAGGUUACUUUUACAAUGAUUCAUUUCAUGUUUUUACUAUCUGGUACAUGGCCACAUAAAUGAUUGUGUGAGGUAGGAGGAUUAGUAUUUCUCAUUGCUGUUUUUGAGAUUUCUCAGCAUCACUUUUCCUCUCUUAACUGUUAAGAUGUAGUCUUGAUGGAUAACCACUAAAGAAAUUUCUAGUUUGUCACAUGAUAUAAGAUUGAUUGUGACCUUCCUAGCACUUCAGUCACUACUCAAGCAUAUUCAGUUUUCAUUCUUGGAAGGCACAAGAGUCACUAAUGGUGAAAUUUACAAAUGUAAUUUCUCUCUUUCUGAUUUCUUCCUAUGCAGUUAGCAACAUUUUAAAAUGAUUGCUCUCUUCCUACAACUAUGACUAGAAGGGUUUCUUGUAAGACCAAGCAGAUUUUGAUAUCUCCUUGCUUUAUUUCUUUCAUAUUUGCAUGCCAGUAUGAUUUGUAUUUUAAGGAAGCAAUGCAAAUUGAGAAUAAUUUUAAUUUAUGGCACACAUUAAACAUUUGGAAAUUCUGCCACUUAGUGUGUACCCAAUCUGUAAUGAUGAAGAAAGGUACUUGUACUAUGGCACUGAUAAAACUUCAAAGAGUGUGAACUAUUUGAUAUUGCAAAUAUGUUGGUCUUCGCAGUGUUUGCAGUUACUUUCUGCUCAGAAAUAGUUAAACUGUAUUAGUUUUUUUUCCCCUUGUAAUGUUAAUUUGGUGUUGGGAUAGGAGAUGUUGGGUGUUGUCUUUGCAUAUUGUGUAUGGGGGAAGUGAUUAUCAACAUUUAUAUUUGACUGUAUUCUUCAGCAAUGCAUUAUUUACUGUAGUGUGUUCUAGCUCUCAAACACUUUACUUCACCAUUAAACACAAGACUCUAAAAGAUGGAUGUUUAUAUAACAUCCUAUGGGUGUUUUCCAUCUGUACGUAGGUUUUCACAAUCGGGUAUCUUAUAGUUCUGUUUUAUAUGAAACAUAAUUGGAGAAACCAGUCAUGUAGCUAGUGUUUUAUUUGAUUGGAAAAACAAACUUUUUUUGGGUUGGUGGUAUUAAGCUGCUAUCGUGUUAAAUACAUAAACUUCAUUGUUUCUAGUAGUUGGACGUAUUGACGUUGGGUAAUAAUCCAGGUAGCAGACAUUUUAUAAGAGUAUAUUGCUACCUUUAAGAGCUCUUAAAAGUAUGGGUAAAGUAGCAUUCAUGAUGGUUAGCUAAUCAGUCAUGAGCAUGAGCAUUGCAUUCAGGUGCACAGAGAUAACUGUCAAAUUUUACAUAUUUCUGUGGCCCUUGCAGAGAAUCCAUUAAAUAAUCUUUCCCUAACCACAUCCAAUUUUUGUCCUGUCCUCCAUUUGUAAUUCAAUUUAUUAAGCUGGUCUUGCAUUUUCAUUGUUCAUACAAUGCUUAAUGCCCAAAAUUGAUUUAUAUUUUUUCAUUUUUCAGUACUGUAUAUCUUAAGCCAUAUUUUUAAUGUUGAGCGAAUAACUUUAACAUUCCUUAUGUAUCCUGAAAUACUUCCUUAGAACUUAAGCAGUUUCGUUUCCCAUUUCUAUGCAAAGCAGUGCAUAGUUGGUAGAUACUUUGGGGAAACUGUAUCAAUGUUUGGUUUUUGUCUCCCCUUUUUUAGAUGUCAGAGGACAAUAUUUCAUAGACUGCUGUAGGUGCUGUUACAGAUCUGUUAGCAAUUUCACUGCCAGAAUGUUUGUUUUGGACUCAUCAUAUACUUAAUUCAUAGAAAGCAAUUUUGUCAGUGUGCUGCGAAGUUCACACACUUAAGUGUUCACAUAUUGUAGUUUUAUGAAAUCCUUCAUGAGCCUGUGUUCACUUAAUGUAGUUAUAUGAAAUUUUCCAUGAACCUUUGUGCCUUGAAUGUCCAUUAUCUUGCACAAAAGUAUUGUCACCUGCAGUAUUUUUGUUGUGCUUCUGUAAUUAAGGAAAGAAUUUUCUGAGUAAGUGUCUCAGUGAGGAUAGAAAAAGGGAGAUCUAACCACUGAAAAAGUGUGGUAGAGUUCAAAAUACACCCAGGAUAUGCUAAAAUUAAAAAUUUUAAAACAUUGUAAGUUAGAAUUAACCGUCAUAUUCUUAUUUUAAGUUGAGCACAUAGUGACAUGGUAAAUUAUGAAAUUUGAUAGGACACAUGAGUGGGAGGACGUAGAACAUUUAUUUUACUUUCUCUCUUUGCUGUUGUGUAUCCAGCAUGGCAGUUGGUCAUCACGAUCCUAUGGGUUUCGUAAAAAUAUAGUCUAGCAAAAGGCUGCAUUUCUGUUCCAUUGUAUUUUUUCCAUAAACAUGAGAUUAUACAUGUUUUGUAAACUUUUGCUGAAAUCAUAUCUUUGUUCUUUUUGACAUUUAUAAAUCCAAUCGCAAAGCACAUUUCAGUAUAGUUAAGGCACGACUGAAAAAUUACACUUUGGUGCACUGAUUUUUCGUUGUUAAUUUUUAUACUGUCUCCAUGAAUUACAUGCUUUAUGUACUGAUAACCUUUCAAUUAGCAUCUGAGAUUCAUUGCAGCUUCUGGUGUGUGAUUGCCAUGUAAUGAAAUUUUGUGACCAUUUCUCAGAUCUCUGACAAAGAUUUAAAGCAAAUAACAUAUAAUACAGUUUACAGGUUUCCUGAAAAAAAAAAAAACAAAGUGAUAAGAAUUUUUUCAGCCUAUAUUGAUAUGCACAUAUAAUGUAGGUUAUUUGACACUUAUUUAUAAUAAUGUAACAAUGUAUUUGUUAUUGCAAGUUGUUCAAGUGUCAUUGAAGACUGUGAGACAAUGUAGAUACUGUGAAUAUUGUGAAAUAUUAGAUGAUGUAUAAGCUUAGCAUUUUGUAUUUAUUUAUGCUUGUAGAAUUUUUGAUUUAAUGAGGAGAAAAUAUUUAUUUUACAAUGUGGUACUGUAUCAUAAUGCCUUUAAAAUUAAAUACUUUGUGAAAUCUUA